GCCGGGAGUGUGAGGGCAGGCUGCGCUACCCGCCCCGCAGGGAGCUCGCCCGCAGAUCGCGCUCCAGGAGGAGCAGCGAAUGAGAUGCGAAUUGUUUUUCCUUUCUCUGAGGUUCAGAGAAUAUGAAUCCCAGCAUACCCUUGGGGAAGCUGUGCCUUGCUUUUCCCUGUGGCUGCCCGGGACUGUUCCAGCGUUCCCAGCCAGGCUUUAAGGGCGCUGUUUCUGUGCCACAGCCAUGAGAGGAUGCCGUACCAGCGGCGCUGCCGGCGGGACAGCGAUGCGUGCCGGCUGGAGGAGCGCAGCCCGUCCCUGGGGCAGGAUUUCUGCCCAGCCCGGCGGCCCUGGCGGCGCUCCCGGGGCCGGGGGCAGCACCAGCAGCGGCCCCGGCGCUACCCACAGCAGCAGCAGCAGCAGCAGCAGCAGCACUGCCGCCGCCGCAGGAGCAGGUCUUGUAGCAGCGCCUCCUCGAGGAGCCAGCAGAGCAGUAAGCGCAGCAGGAGCGUGGAAGAUGACAAGGAAGGUCACCUGGUGUGCAGGAUCGGCGAUUGGCUUCAAGAGCGAUAUGAAAUCGUGGGCAGCCUCGGUGAAGGCACUUUUGGGAAGGUGGUGGAGUGUGUGGACCAUGCCAGAGGCAAGUCCCAGGUGGCACUGAAGAUCAUAAAGAACGUUGGGAAGUACAGAGAGGCUGCCAGGCUGGAAAUCAACGUCCUGAAGAAAAUCAAAGAGAAGGACAAGGAGAACAAAUUCCUGUGCGUCCUCAUGUCGGACUGGUUCAACUUCCACGGCCACAUGUGCAUCGCCUUUGAGCUGCUGGGCAAGAACACCUUCGAGUUCCUGAAGGAGAACAACUUCCAGCCCUACCCCCUGCCACAGAUCCGGCACAUGGCCUACCAGCUGUGCCAUGCCCUGAGAUUUCUACACGACAACCAGCUGACUCACACUGACCUCAAGCCAGAAAACAUCCUGUUUGUCAACUCGGAUUUUGACACUCUGUACAACGAGAACAAGAGCUGUGAGCAGAAGUCCAUCCGGAACACGAGCAUCCGCGUGGCCGACUUUGGCAGCGCCACCUUCGACCACGAGCACCACACCACCAUCGUGGCCACGCGGCACUACCGGCCCCCAGAAGUGAUCCUGGAGCUGGGCUGGGCACAGCCCUGUGAUGUCUGGAGCACUGGCUGCAUUCUGUUUGAGUAUUACCGUGGCUUCACGCUCUUCCAGACCCACGAGAACCGAGAGCACCUUGUCAUGAUGGAGAAGAUCCUGGGGCCGCUCCCAUCCCACAUGGUCCACAAAACUCGGAAGCAGAAAUACUUCCACAAUGGCAGCCUGGUGUGGGAUGAGAACACGUCCGACGGCAGAUACGUCCAGGAGAACUGCAAACCCCUGCGGACCUACAUGCUGCACGACUCCCUGGAGCACGCUCAGCUCUUUGACCUGAUGAGGAGGAUGCUGGAAUUCGACCCCUCCAAGAGGAUCACGUUCUCCGAGGCCCUCCUGCACCCUUUCUUUGCCGGGCUCUCGGCAGAGGAGCGGAUGCUGUGCGGGCGCGGCGCCAGCCGGGACCUGAGCAGAUGACGGCCGGGAUCCUUCGGGGUGGAUCCCUCGGGGUGGAUCCUACAAGAUGGAUCCUACCAGAUGGAUCCCUCAGGAUGGAUCCUACAAGAUGGAGCCCACCGGCCUCUGCAGCUCAGCCCCACUCCCCUCCCCGAGUCCGCAGGGGCUGGGGCACUGCCACAAGGACCCUGGGAGGAGAGGGGGAAGGGAAGCUCUGUUGGAAAGCACAGAUUUGUCUAUUUAUAUGUUGUAAAGUUAAAAUAAAGUGUUUCUUAUUGUUUGAUACUUCCCUGGUAGGUGGGUGUAGGGUUGUGUUGCCUCUUGUGCAAAGGAAGAGGGAGAUGGAGAAAAUUCACCUGGAAUCAGUGAGGAGGAGUGGCCCGGUGCCUGCUGUGGCAGCAGAAGGUUCUAGAAGGAGAGCAGACAAAUAAACAGCUGCACACAAUAGCA